UCCCUCUGCGCGCCGUCCCGCUCCUCCGCUACGAGCCCUCACUGUCUGGAUCUAUGUUGUAGCCGUAGAUAGAUGGGCUGAAUGCCACACGCCACGAGCCUACAGGUUGCAAAGACUGAGUGUUCCACUACGUUUUUCACCGCUGCUACUGUUGUUGUUGGUCCUCUAAUACUUCUUCUUGGGGCUUUUUUCUCCUGUGCUUGGAUACUGCGGACUUAGGCAUUGGAUAUGUGCACACAGGAUGAUGACAACCCCUUUCCUCCCCGUAGAAGUAAAAUAAAAUAGGCUUUCGCGCACACUGGAUUUACUCCUGUCAUUCCAUAUGAAGAAGUCAAAAAGUUGGAUACACGUCUGUGUCCAUUUCCUGCUGUUCAUCACGCUCGGGGUACAUUCAGAUACACUUGACUUCAACCCAGUGACAGAUGACAUCUCUAAACUCUCUAUUUUGAGACAAAAUAUUCCAAAAGAUUACAAAAUUCCUGUAGAGUACAUUCCAAAACAAGAGGGUGGGAUGUGUUGGGUUAAGUUAAAUGUGUACUACUUGGAGCAGAGUUUAGAUGGUUUAGCCAAUAAGUUCGGAAACAUUUCGUCCAAUAGAAACGACAUUCGUAUAGUCAUUGACAUGCUUAAAGAGCUGCGGCACAGAAUGGGUAACCCGGACCCCAUCAUGCUCGAGUUCCAGUGCCACUAUAGGAAAGAGAGGUGGCAAACAGAGCAAUACUUUGACUUCGUUGAAGAUUUCUUUACAGCUGCACAGAAUAAAGAAUAUUCAGAUGACUGUGAUCCUCCUCCCUGUCCCACCACACCAUACACACUAACAACAGAAGAAUAUUCAGAAGGGUCCCCCACUCCCAGCACUAAAGACCAAGAGUGUUCAACGAACUGCCAAGCACCAUAUAAACAACCAAUACUCCUUCCUAAGGUGGUGGAGCAAAGCCUUCUCUCCUUACUGUUUAUUCCACUCCUUGCCCUCAUUUUCCUGCUGGUGUGGAAGGUCAGAUCACGAAGGCGUGAGGAGGAUCCUCAGCGGAAUCCUGGAGAAAGAGUACUCUUCACAGGAACACAAGGGACAGCACCUCCAAUAGAAGCUGAAACAUCAGAAAAAAACACGCUGAACGUCAUCGAGACAGUGUAAAGUUCUACCGGUUGAUGUACUUGGACUCUACUCGUUUCUUCUGAUGUGUCCAAAGGUGAAAAAGAAACAUGAAGCUAAAUCCCACCACAAGAUUGCAAAAGGGGGAAAGGCCUGUUUUUUUUUUUUGUUUGUUUUUUUUGACUGCUUUCCAGAUCCCAAAUGGCAAAGUAAACAAUGGCCAUAGAGUCCUUCAAUUAAAUCACACCUGAUACUUUUUGGAUGCUUGCCUUUCUUAUAAGACUGCAUUACCCCGUGCUUCUGAGGAUGACUGAGAGAUGUUAGCUGAUAACCCCUUGAACCUUCCACCAUAGCCAGCCUCCCGAAACCCUGGAUUCUUUGGCUCCUACAUAUCACCCAAAAGAACCUACUUCUUCUUUGACUGUGCUUAUUUAUCAGCAUCUUCCUCCAAUCUGCCUGCAUUUUUGGGACUUAAUCUUCAAAGAACAAAGCAGAGAGUGACUGAUGCCGGUAACAUCCUGUCUGAACUGAGGCAUGGAUUACUACCUCUGGUGACCCUCAUGUCAACAUCAUCCCCGAUUCCCCGAUUUCCUCUUAACUCCGGGGUUUCCCAAAGAAUAAUAGUGUUAAAGCAUAGUAGUUCCAGAGUGUAGUUGCAUUGUCUGGUUUAAGCAUGUGCCCAUGGGGUAAGGGGGGUGUAUGACAUAUUUAUUUAUUGGUGGUGGCACUCAGCUGCUGCUGUUCAUACAGCUGAAAUGUUUCAAGUAAUCAUUUUUAAAAAGCACCUUUACUAAUGGGUCACAUUUAACAAGCUGUCUGUGUACUAACAUGUUGUAAACCAGAAAACACAUUCCUCCUAAACAAAUUAGAUUUUAUUGUAGGUUGUUGGCAUAUAUGACUUGGGCAAUUUAGAAUGUGUGAAUAAAAUAUAUGGAGAAAAAUAAACAUAUAUAUCCAAAAUAUGCUGCUUUGACUAACUUACAUUUAGACAUUUUUAAUACUAUGAUGACAUUCUGCUAACAAGCAUCAGGGAUAACUUCUGUGGAUCCAUAUUGUCUCUCGAUUUUAAGACAAAUUAUUCAAAUCAUCAGGCACACAGUCUACAAACAAUGGGCCUCCUGUAGUAAAUGUUAGCUCAUCAAUGCCUUUAUUAUAUUUUUUUUCUUUUUUUUUUUUUUUUUUACUUAUUUCACCUUCAUGUUUUGCAAGGCACAAUCUGUUAAGGGGGAGACUUUUGAUGGCCAUUACUGUAUAAAGAUAAAAAUCCCUAAAAGGAGACAUGGUUUGUAAAAAAAAUAUAUAAAUAAAAGAAAAAAAAUAAAAGAAAAAAGAAAGAAAAAAACAUGAACAGAUAUGAUAUGACAGGAUUAGCAAAUAACCUAAAAAACAAAUUUUCUUAUAAAGAUGUGUUUUUGUUUUAUGAUCAAAUGUAAUCUAGCCCCUUCAACACAUGCUGUACACUCAUAGGCUUUAAUUUGUUCCUGCAGACUUUGCCUUUGUCCAGUAUUACUGUUGUGCUUGCAUAAUAAAAUCCAGCGUAGACCACCUGACACAGUGCAUUCUUCAGGAUUCAGAUGCAGAUAAAACUGCAAAGGGGUGGGGGGAUUCUCAGACAAUGCACUUUAGUUACCUUCAUCAUCCACAAAGCUCACAACAUGGGAAUAUCAAUUUUGCCUUAAAGUUGCGCCCUUACGUUGUCAAAGCAAGUGCAAUGUCAUCUGGCAUACUGAACUGCUGCACAGUGGUGUGACUUUUUUAACACUAUACAACAGUUGGCAAAGAGGUUUUUGAAAUCCACAUGUUUUGCAUUUGUCAAAAUCUCUCAAGCCCACAUUAAUUUGAGAUAAAUAGAGCCAAUCCCUGCACUUCCUAAGUUAAUGCACUCUAAAAUCUGAUUAAAAGUGGAGGUGCUCCCUGACAUAGUCAUAACAGAUCUUAUCGCCAUAAUGGGGAGGAAGUCAGCAGGGUUCAAUAUAUAUAUAUAUAUAUAUAUAUAUUUGAAAAAAUAAACUUCCCACAAAGCCUUGCCCAAACGGUAACAAAGAAAGCCAAUAAUAAAUCCUAAAAUUUAAAACGAUCAGUACUAUUAAAUAAAAAUAAGUAAAGAAGUAGGAGUGUGAACAGGACACGCUGGCUGUGACCUUUUCCAUCAGGCAACUAGGUGACAAUGAUCGAAGCAGCAGGACAGAAAAAUCUGUUUCUGUAUUUAGUUUGAGUCUUUCUAUCAUAAAUGUGGUCUUACAUUGUACCAUGUCCAUUCUUGGUUUUGUGCCUUGUUCAAUUAGUGUGAUUGACUCGUGUGUAAAUGUCAAAAGCCUGUAUGUUUCCUUGUAGUAGCAGAAAGUAGCAGACACCCCUCCCCCAGCAACCUCUCCCACUGUUUAACAAGAAUUUAGUUGGUUUGACCGUUGGACCAGUUACAGUUUGGUACAUACAUUUUGUUUUUGGGUGGGGGAUGGUAAAACAGUACUUUGGUAUGUGAACGCUAUAUUGGCAGAAGAAAUCGCAGUGAUUCUAACAUUAAUGUUCACAUUACAUUUUAGCCUUUGUAACCCUUAGGAACCACAUCAGCUGGUAGCUGCUUGUUUCCUGUGUUUUUGGGACUAUGUGUAUUUUUCUCAUAGGAGACAAGAGUAUACUUUGCAAAGAUUAAUUUGUAUUUGGGAAAAAAAAAGGAAAAAAAGAAAAUGUAUACCACAUUGGUGUUCAUAUAGUUCAGAUCAACAGUCCCUUUCAGCGUCAAUAGCUGGAACUUCUUUUUCUUUUGGUGUGGUAAAGUAUUGUUUAUUACGUUCAACCUCAAGAUAACGUUAUUCAUUCAAAGCAAUGCAUUUUUAAUAAAAACUUAUGAACGGUGACAUCUGUGCCAUAUUAUCUAUGGCAGUUUAGAGCUGAAUCUGUCUUAGUAAAAUAUACCACAAUUGUGUCCACAGUACUUUAAAGAAGGAAUAUCAGCAAUUAGUACAGUGAUUUCAAAGCUUUAGCCAAUUAUAUCUAUUUGAAGAUGCAUUUUUGAACAAUACUGGAUUAUACUAUCUAUGACAGUUUAGACCUGAUGCUUUCUUCUUCAUCACCAUUAGGUAAUGCUUCUCUACAUCAAGACCAUUACAUGCAGUAUCCAUUAUUCUGACAGAGACAUGGGUUGGUCUAGCCACAAACUAAUAAACAAGGCAUAUUAUGUAAAAUAAAAAGUUGCUUUUUAUACAUGGUCUAUGAAUAUAAUGAGCUGUAACAGGUCUAAGCUGUGAACAAACAAAUAAAUAACAUGGUCUCCCAUUUUCCUGUCUAUUCGAGAGCCAGAAGCAGUCAAUAUGUCUGAUGCACGGACGGCCAGAAAUCAAACGAGUUCAUGCAUUAGCUAAGAGAAUGACUGCCCUUAAAUACUGUUUGUCUGGGUGUUGUGUAGUCUGAGAAAGAAAGAGAGAGAGAAAGAGAGAGAGUAAAGCUGCAUCUUAAACAGUGCUUUUGGGCAUGAGUGAUCCAGUCCAUCCCACCAAAGUGGAUGAAUCAAAUGGCUCUAGGCAGGAAAUAAGUCUGGGUGCCAAAAAGCAAAUAUAAUUAUAACCUGAUAUUCUGGGUGACAACUCUACUGUAUUCUGUAUUUUUGUAUAAAUGUAAACAAACAUAUAUGAGCUAUGAAUAAAGUACAUGUAUCCAAAUUUUA